CAAGAAAAUGAAGGUGAAAAAGACGUGCCACUGCCACCGAUUUAUAAUUACCACCACUCACCUCCCGCCACCACACUCCCAUCCCUCUCCGCCUUUUCCGUUCCCAGCCCAAUCGACACGGCGACACCUGUCUCCUCCGCCGCGCCCACGCCGCCGCGCCCCACACCGCCGUUUCCCAUCUCCCCCUCCAAACACGCCCUAUAUAUACUCGCUCCAUCUCUUUCCCUCUUUCUCAUUCUACUUCCGCCCUCCUCUCUUUCUCUCUCUGCGCUGCUCUGCUACAAUGGCGUAUUCUUCUUCUUCUCCUCCUUCUCUGUCUUACCUCGCUUUCUUCCUCCUCGCCGUUCUCCUCUCCGUCACAGCCGCCAAUGCGGCCCACCAAAAGGCCGCCGCCGCUCCGGCCCCCGCCGCGGAUUGCUCCACGGUGGUGUUGGCCCUCAGCGACUGCCUGACCUUCGUGCUCAACGGGAGCACCACCACCAAGCCGGAGGGAACUUGCUGCUCUGGGCUGGAGACCGUGCUGAACACCAACGCCGACUGCCUCUGCCAGACCUUCAAGAGCAGCGGCGAGAUGGGGAUCGCGCUCAACGUCACCAAAGCCCUCACCCUUCCUUCCGCCUGCAAGCUCAAAACUCCCCCUAUGUCCAGCUGCCAGCUGUCCAUGGCUCCCGCUGGCUCCCCUGUGGUGGCAGGAGGAUCAUCGACUGCAGUGCCGCCAAGCGAGAUGACAGAAGCAGCUCCGGCUCCAUCCCCUGUUGGUGGCGCCCCGCUUUCCAACUCUGCUCAUGCUGCUGUUUCCGGCAUCUUCUCAGCCGGAUCUCUUGCGGCGGCGGCGGCGGCAACACUCGCAGUUGCUUCAUUCUACUAGCGACAUAGUUAUAUAUUGAUGUAUCAUAUAAUAUUAGAUCGCCUACAUUGUAGUAAGUUGUGAGGGUUUCUGAUUUGGCACAUUAUGUAUUUGUGGAGGAGAUGGGUUGCGGCUGAAUUUGUUUUUUUUGUUCCUAAUGAGAUUAUUACUUACUGCGACUGGUAGUAGUUGACUCCAUCGUUCUGGUUUUUCCUUCUUUGUGCAAUUUGGGUGUUGUGAAUUUGUGAUCUUGCUUGGCUUCGGGAUAUUGGAGUUACGCGGACUCCCCAACAGCCAUUGUUGCAAUUCUGUGUAGGGCUUUCUAAGGUUUGCAUAAUAAGUCAAAAAGAGUGCUUGAUCGUUC